CUAAUCUCUUAAACCCUAGAGAAGAGGAAACAGCUGCCGCUAGCGUACGUUUAGUUUCUCCAUCAAAGGUAAGUUCCUCUCUCUCUCUAUAUAUAUACAAAGCAAAGCAGAUUCCUCUGCACAUAGUGCUUGUCUGUACGUAUUAAUCGUUACAGGUUAUCGAAAAUCUCUUUGCUUAAUUAACUAAUUUGCAUGCUAUCCAUCUGAUCUGGUUGCAUUUAAGUAUCUUUUGAUUCUUUGUUAAUAUCUAUCUGAUUAACGCCCUAGCUAGCUAGGGCAUUAUUAUCAUUACACGUUCUAUUUUAGCAAUAAGAAUUCAAUAAAUUUCUUUGUUGAUGCGCUUGUUAAUUCAAAUACUAUCUACCCAUUCUACAGAUGACCGGCAAAGCUCUCCCAAUGGUUGUUGAACCCAACGUCUUCAAGAAGAUCGCUGCCGUCCCCAAUGAGAAAGACCUGCUCGACAACUUUUUCUCCGAACAACAACGCCGGAACCUACCUUCCUCCACACGGAAUCGCUCCCUCCUUCCCUCCUCCUCCGCCAGUCCUACGUCCGAAAGCAUAAACAACGCCAGGCUCCUCAUCGCCGACAUAUCCGAGGAGCACCUCAAGUUCGUGACGGAGUACUGCAGAGUUGGCGCUCCCACGCCGCUUCGCACGUGCAGGUCGUUGUGCGUUUCCGCCGUGAGACGGAUGUGCACCGUGGUCAGGAGGCUCGGCCCGAGCCUGGCGUAUCUCGAGGAGACGAGGCGGCACAUGGCGGGGCUCCCCUCGAUCGACCCCGACGCCCCGACGAUGGUGCUCAUCGGCUCCCCCAACGACGGGAAGAGGUCGUUCAUGCGGCAGAUGGCCCGUAGUAUGGGGGGCCGGAGUGAAUGUGAAUAUCGCUGUGUUGAUCAUAUCGAGUACUGGCACGCUUUCUGUGUGGCUCGCGUGGCGAGGCAGCAGGCCGCACAGUUCUGCAACGUGAAGUCCGUGUUCGCGGACAAGCCCUUCGUGGUCGGGACGGGCAACGACGGCAGGAAGAUGGGUGUGCCUAUGAGCAGCUGCAGCGAGCCUAUUCUGUUUGGGUCUGUGAUUGGGUUUGGGUUUGACCUUUUCCUUGUAUGUUUGGGAAAAGGAGAGAUCCACGUUUGGGCUUGGCGGAUCAAAGAGAGUUCCGCAUUUGGGAAGCAGAUCAAAGAGAGUUAUGCGUCUGGUAAAGUCCUUGUAUCGAGAAGCCCAUCGAUAGAAGGCAUCUGGCGGAUCAAGAUAAUCGCUGAGAUCAAGAUGCAAGCACUGUUGAAACAACAAGGUUUGUGGGCUCCGUUGUCUGAAAAAUCGAAGAAGAAAAGCAUAGAUGAAGAAGAGUGGAUUACUUUGGAGGAGAAAGCUCACUCUACAAUCUUGCUUUGUUUGGCUGAUGACAUCAUCACUGAGGUUGAUGCUGAGAAUACUGCUGCGGGUUUGUGGUUGAAGCUUGAAAGUCUAUACAUGACAAAGUCUUUAACCAACAAGUUGCAUAUGAAGCAACGUUUGUUCAGUUUGCGUAUGGAGGAAGGUACGUCUCUCAGGAAUCAUCUAGAUCAACUGAAUACUAUCUUGCUAGAUCUGCGGAAUAUUGAUGUUAAAAUAGAUGAUGGGGAUGCUGCCUUAAUUCUGUUAGUAUCUUUGCCACAGUCAUAUGAGAAUUUUGUGGAUUCUUUUAUUGCUGGGAAAGAUAGUUUGUCUUUGGAAGAUGUCAGAUCUGCUCUACAUACUAGAGAGGUUCGACAUAAGGCAUCUGGUUCAGGUUCGGAAAAUCAGGCAUCUGGGUUGGCUGCUACGAGUAGUAGGAGACAACAAUCUGGUAAUUGGAAGGCGAAUACAAAUUCGAUUUCUGCUGGUUUGAAGGAUGAUAUCUGUCAUUACUGCAAGGAGAAAGGACAUUGGAAAUUUGAUUGUCCUAAAUUGAAGAAAUAUCAGGAGAAGAAGGAAUCAUCUGCUGCUGUGGCGGAAGAAACUAACUCUGAUUCUGAAGAUGGUUUAGCCUUAGCAGUGAAUGAACAGAUACAUCACCAGGAUGUGUGGUAUUUAGAUACAGCAGCUGAUUAUCAUAUGUGUCCAAGCAGGGAGUGUUUUUCAACUUAUGAGCAUAUAGAUGGAGGACAUGUUUCUAUGGCCAAUGGUGCUAUCUGUAAGAUUGUUGGAAGAGGCUCCAUCAGGAUGAGGACACAUGAUGGUUCUGUUCGCACCUUGAACAAUGUUAGGCAUAUUCCAGAAAUGACUAAGAAUCUGAUAUCUUUGAGUCUACUCGACAGCAAGGGUUUCAGCUUCAAAGGUGAAGGUGGAGUGUUGUCUGUCUACAAGGGUUCUAAGGUGAUUUUGAAAGGUGUCAAGCGGUGUGCCUUGUAUAAUCUACAAGGUUCUGUUUUGACAGGGGCAUCUGGAGGCAGGGGAGAUUCUGGUACAGCUGAUUUGGAGAAUGACGAACCUGCGGAGGUGACGACGGUCUGGAACAUGCCGACUGGCCAGUUCCAACUCGGUGCCCGUAAAGAUAAUGUGCAUGGCUGCCAUAUUGAUUCCGAUAUCAUGCUGAGGCUUCUUGAGUUGGAACGUGGCGAAGGGGAGAUUAUUAGGCAAGCUGAAGCAGAAGAAGAAGAAGGUGAUAUGAGGAGGAGCGUUGGCAGCCUGGUCCUGAGGCUAUGAGGUCAUUCAUUUAUUUUUAUUUCGAUUCGGUAUAUUUCCUCUCUUUGCGGAUUAAGGAUUUUUUUCCCUCGUUAAUUGUUAGCUCGAACUUAGAAUUUGGUGGAUGCUCUCGAAUAUCUCCAUAUAGGACUACCCAUCGGAUUGAUUCAAACUUUUUUACAUUGGAGAUGAACUUUGGUUAGGCAAUUGCAUUCGAAUAGGAAGUUUUUGAUAAAUCGUAGUUUGGCGU